AUGUCCGACCCCGAGAUUGCUACCAAGGCGCCAGAGUCUGAUGCCAUGGAAGAGUCGCCCAUCUCGUCCAAGGACUCAAAAGCCCAGAGUGGCCCGAGUAUGGGGGAACACUGCGUAACUGACAGGCCCAAUCCAGCCGGCCGUCAACCCUCAGGUGAGAUGACCAAGUUUGGGGACAUCGAUGUCUACGUCUCGAAACCGGCCGACUAUCCGAACUCGCCUGCAAAACUACUCUUGCUCCUUACUCCAGGCACAGGCGUCCAUUCCACCAACAAUCAAGUCCAGGCGGACAUGUUCGCGUCUGAAGGGUUCGUUGUGGUCAUGCCCGAUCAGUUCAAGGGCGACGCAGCACCAAACACCACGACCAUUCCUGCUGAAGAGCAUCCCAGCCUCCUGGAGAAGGUCAAGCUGCGAGCUGCCGAAACCGCCAAAUCUUUCUUGGUGGAUAUGUGGCUAGCAAGACAGACACCCGAAAAGGUCAUGCCGAUAUUGCUUCAAGUCAUUGAUACCAUAAAGGAUGAGUACGCUGACGCGGUUGCACAUGGGGAUGGAAUCUAUGCUGCUGGGUAUUGCUUCGGUGGGAAGUAUGUGAUCAUGCUGGCUGGUGGACAACCAAGCAAUGCCGGUGCAGCACAGGCGAAGGAGGAUGAAGAAUCUGGAAUGGUUAAGAAGGGGCCGCUUAUCAAAGCCGGUGCUGUAGCCCAUGCUACCUUGGUGACUCGCGAGGACUUGAAGGCUGUUCGAGCUCCAUUGACACUGGUCUGCGUUGAAAACGACCCGCUGUUCCCCGAUGAAAUUCUGGAAGAGGGGAGAAAACAGUUCGCCGCCAGCAACAUUGAGCACGAGAUCAAGGUCUACGAAGGCGUGCCACAUGGGCUUGCAGUAUAUGGCGAUUAUGACUCGCCGGCAAUUCAAGAAGCUCAGAAAUCGGCUUUCCAACAAAUCCUUACUUGGCUCAAAACACACUGA